AUGAAGACCGCCAGAAACAUCAUUCUUGCCACUCUGGCAGCCCAGGCCGCGGCCCUGGUUCAAAUGGAAGUUCGCUACAGCGAUCGUAUGGUCGACGUUGGUAACCUGGACCUCUUUGCCGUGACGUGGCAAGCCAUCUACGGCGAGACUGGUAACACCCGCGCCAUUAUGACGGAUCGAUCCUUCGGAGCCCAGACAAACGAAUGUACACAUGCGGAAGAUUAUGACCCCGACGUGACUGUCCAGGUUAAGAUGAACGGUGCCUGGGGCAGAACUCCGGGACUCUCCGAUAACCAGAUGCGCGACGGUCUUGUCCAGUCCAUGUGGGAGGUGCUCCGCACCGUCUCGGACCCCUACGGUUACGAGGUCUUCAACGGCUGCCGUGGUCUUACCUGGAUGGAAAGCGUCGGCUACCGUGACACCGCUGCCUGCGGACCCAAGAGCGCUCGCGACUGCCAGUAUGCGUGCCGAAACGAGAACUCUCCCGGUUUGGCCCAGUGCGACAACCACACUUGGGGUCACAAGGUUCCUUCGACCCUGCGCGUCACCGCUUACAUCGAUGGUCGCCUCCAGCCUGAUGAUUUGAUCAUUGAGUUCGGUGCUACCAGGAACCAGGAGUCCGGCGGCUGUGGACUUGUUGGCGAGGUUGCUGGUUUCCUUGCUGGGUUCAUUCCUGUUGGAGGUGAGCUCUUUGCUAAGGGUAUCGAGAUUGGAUGUGCCGAGUAA